AUGACGGACAAGCUGGUCAAGGUGAUGCAGAAGAAGAAAUCGGCGCCGCAGACGUGGCUCGACAGCUAUGACAAGUUUCUCGUGCGCAACGCCGCGUCGAUCGGUUCAAUCGAGUCCACUCUUCGAACGGUUUCGUACGUUUUGCCUGGUCGAUUCAACGAUGUCGAAAUCGCCACCGAAACGCUCUACGCGGUGCUCAACGUGCUGGGCCUCUACCACGACACCAUUAUUGCCCGUGCAGUGGCCGCAUCGCCCAACGCUGCCGCCGUGUACCGCCCGUCGCCCCACAACAGAUACACAGACUGGUUCAUCAAGAACCGAAAGGGAUACAAGUACGCCAGCAGAGCGGUGACCUUUGUUAAAUUUGGCGAGCUUGUGGCGGAAAUGGUGGCCAAGAAAAACGGCGGCGAAAUGGCCCGGUGGAAGUGCAUUAUCGGUAUUGAAGGAAUCAAGGCGGGGCUCAGAAUCUAUAUGUUGGGCUCUACACUGUACCAACCGCUGUGCACAACCCCCUACCCCGAUAGAGAAGUCACGGGAGAGCUGUUGGAGACCAUCUGUAGAGACGAGGGAGAGUUGGACAUUGAAAAGGGACUCAUGGACCCCCAGUGGAAGAUGCCCAGAACCGGACGAACCAUUCCGGAAAUCGCACCCACAAAUGUCGAGGGCUAUCUUCUCACCAAGGUGCUGAGAUCGGAAGAUGUUGAUCGGCCGUACAACCUGCUGUCUCGCCUGGACAACUGGGGAGUGGUGGCCGAGUUGCUGUCCAUUCUGCGACCCCUCAUCUACGCAUGCUUGCUUUUCCGACAGCACGUCAACAAGACCGUGCCUGCGUCCACAAAGUCCAAGUUCCCCUUCCUCAACUCCCCUUGGGCCCCCUGGAUCAUCGGUCUUGUGAUUGAAGCAUUGUCGCGAAAGAUGAUGGGAUCCUGGUUGCUGCGACAGCGACAGAGCGGCAAGACCCCCACAGCUCUCGACCAGAUGGAAGUCAAGGGCCGAACGAACCUGCUGGGAUGGUGGUUGUUCCGAGGCGAGUUCUACCAGGCCUACACCCGUCCUCUGCUGUAUUCGAUUGUGGCUCGACUGGAGAAGAUUCCAGGCCUGGGUCUGUUUGGAGCUCUUAUUUCCGAUUACCUGUAUUUGUUCGAUCGGUACUACUUCACCGCCUCUACUCUCUAA